AUGGAUCCGAACGCAGUACAGGGAUUACGUGCACUGUUGAAUCUCUUAAACCAACCGAACGUCAGCAGGGAGGUUGAUCGGCUGUUUAGGGCUUCGACGCCUUCAACAGCUUCAGGAAAUCCGUCAACCCCCUCGGUUACUACCACGGCGGCUACCGGAUCUACCCUACAAACUCCUCCAUCGAUAAGAAAUAUCGGGCCGCUCUUUAGUGCAAGAGGAGGAGCGUCACGAGGAAGAGGCCGAAACCGAUCGCGUCCUUACACAAGCGUAGGAGCACAGUUUUCCAGGGUGGUGAUUCUCCUAGGCGACCCAACAGAAGAUGACGUACCACGUGGAAGGGCCAGAGGUACGAUCCGCGACGCGCAGCGCGAGGCUCGCGUCGCAUUCAGGACCGGGAUGACGUCCCAAGAAGUCAGAACGACCAUUCUGUAUGCGUUUCAAGCCCAAGGGCAUCUGAGAACAGUAACGUAAGUAAAAUCUUUCCAUAUUUACAAGCACCAAUAAAACAGCAUCGACUUAAAUGAUGCUAUAGUACAGUAGGUGACAAUUCUCAGAAUUCAUCGCCCAUGAAAUAACCUACGUGCAUGUUAUAAGAAAAUUGCCGUUGUAUUUUGACUGAUACCUUUUAUACACUACCUUGUACAGAAACCACAUGAUUAACCCUUUAAGCCCCAAGAUAGAUCAGCCUUAAAUUUCUCCUUAUAAUAUCGAUGCUUUAGAAGACAUAGUGGUCAUGAGAAUUGAGUACGUGAUCAGGGAAGAGGAGUCUAAUUGAUAUUUCACCAAAUUCUCCCCACUACUUCUAUUAGAUUGUAUGGGGACAGUAAAUGAGAAUCUCGAUUUCAAUAUCACGAGGGUUUAAGGGGUUAACAGUAUAUACGCUAAAUUCCAAGUUGGUUCAGCUGGAGAGUUUUAAAGUAUUUUUGUAUCUUGCAAUGAAUAAUGGCUUUCACUAAGCAAGGAAUGAGAGACACCAUUUUUUCUUACAAAACAGUGAAUAGCCAUAGAUAUUCUGAGUUAUAAGAGACAAUCAGAACACACAAAAUUGCCAGCCACUGAUUAGGUAAAUACUAAUUAUUGAUAUAUUUGGUGAAAGAACAUACACCUGUUUGUAGUAUACUGACCAAAAUCCAAUAAGUCAAGACAAAACGAGGAAAAUUUUUGGGCACAAAAUUACGUGUAGCCAAAAGUGCUAGUUGAGGCAUGCCAAAUUAAUUCUAAUACAUAAUAACAAGUAAAAGCAAAGAGAAAAGAAACGAAAGAACAUGUGCUAUAAAGUCGAAAGCAAGAAAAACAAAUCUCAUUAAUGCAAGUUGUGAAAGGAGCUAAGUUUUAGGAUUUCGCGAUUUUAUUUCUUGCAUCAAGGUAUUCUGUAAUCAACUUUUUCUUUUAAUUUUUUAAAGAGUACACUGAUUAAUUUUUGUUUAAUACACAUAUUUUGACAUCUCUCAUUCUACCUGUUAUCUCAUUCCAUAAUGAUAUUUUGUGCCAGGAUUUGGGACGGCUUGUCUUAGUUUUCCAACAUUAAAUUUUUUGAUGUACAUGUUUUUUGUUGAGGAUGAUCAUUUGUUAUAAGAAUAAAUAGAAGACAUCUGCUGGAACAAAUAAAAGUUUUUGAGGAUGCUGUAUUAGAAUGAUUAUCAUGCAUUGGGUAAGGCCCAUGUUCACCCUAGUGGCUUUGCGUGCUUGUGUUCUUGUUUUGAAACACUUCUUUUGUCAAAUUCAGUGUUUUGAUUGGGCAGAGUGUUCGCAUUUUUCACACUUGGCUGAAGCAUGACUCUAUAAACACUGAAGACAGCAAUUUUCAACUAAAAAGAUCAUUUUUUCUGGAGUAUAUUGCACGCAAAGAUGCUUGGGUGAACAUUGGCCUUUAGUAGAGAUAGCUAAAUUGGUAGGAUAUUUGGAUCAAUAAGAAGAGAAAUGGCAUGAUCAUUCCUUUUGGAAGAAAAAAUGAAUCGGAUAACUUUUUUUCAGAAGCAAUAAGAUAUUUGUUAAAUGUGUUUUUGAGGGCUGCCAUCAAUAACAUACUACAGUACAAUGUCUAAGAGUCUCCCCAAAAUGCCAAGAAACACUGCUCAUGCUCAUUGCUGUGUUCAAUUUAAGUGAGAUCAGAAAUUGAAAGCUUUUCUGUCACAUAGGGCAAACAAAUAUAAAUUUAAUGGUCUAAAAAAUCUAGUGUUGCAGGAAAAAAGUAUGUGUACAGUGUUACAAAACCGUCACUAUCUGAAAAUUUGUUCUAUGUGUUGUUUCAACAGAGAUUGCUCACAGUUUGAGUUUUUGACGUGUGACGAGUCGAACAAGAGGAAGCUGGUGCAGGUGACAAACCAAAACCCAUCUGCAAGUGAAGUCAAGACCUGCUGGCGGUCACAGUGCCCGAUAUACGUAAGACCACAGUAUGCCCUUCCAGUCUCAACGAGCACUGUAAGU